AGCUAGACGUGUCUUCGGUAGCUUAUUUACAAGCACUAAACAAUUUUAAAAGUUCGGCUCUAAGAGUUGCAUGUGAUGUUUGACCAAAUUCAACAAAAUUAGAUGGGAGAUGUUAAUUUCGGCUAUUCAUCUAAUGAUGAAUAGCCGAAAUAGCUCGCUAGAGGGCGACAUUUAGAUUCACAACUGCCAAGAAAUUUUCGUACAAGGACAUGUGUUGGAUGUUUUCCUUCCUGCAUCAUGUUGAUAUACGCAGCGGCCCAGGACCAGGAUUGUAAAUGAUGUGCUGGCGAUAGCCUAGUGUUCUUCAUUGACGUCGUAGGCCUAAUCCAUAAGUAUCAACGAAACGGAUGCAUACAUACCUGUAGAUGGACUCCUAUACCGUGGGAUACUUCGACCCCAAACAGACGAGAUGAAAUGGCACCGACUCAAACACUCAAGCUUGAGCCUUGAGAGCCCUUGAUUGUAGCUUCGUACAGCAGCUGAAAAUGGCAAAUUACUACGUCAUCGGAUUGUCAACGGUAAUAAUAUUAACUAUACUUUGUAUGUUAUAUGACUCGUUUGAUAUGGAUAUGUACCGGUGUGCGGACAUCAAACAGCCAUCUGCCACAUCAACAGGCAUCACCAGAUUGUUAACUUCCAGGGGUUCGACCUUCAACAUGACAGGCAACGAUGUCCUCGUCUGCCUGCACAUUCAGAAGACAGGGGGGUCCUCGUUCGGCCGGCACCUCGUGCACGACCUGGACUUGAAAAAGCCGUGCCAGUGCAAGAAGGGUGUGAAGACUUGCCAGUGCCUUCGGCCGGGCAGUGACAGGGAGCCGUGGCUCUUCAGCGAGUUCUCCAUGGGCUGGUCGUGCGGUUUGCACGCCGACUGGACAGAACUGACGCACUGUGUCCCCAGCAUGCUGGAUAAGUACGAGGGCGAGAAAAAGAAGAGGAGGUAUUUUUACUUAACCAUUCUGCGGGAUCCGCUGAGCCGAUACCUCAGUGAGUGGCGACAUGUCCAGCGGGGAGCCACCUGGAAAACCUCCAUGCACAUGUGCGACGGCCGCGUCCCGUCCUCCGAGGAGCUCCCCAGCUGCUACCUGGGGAUUGACUGGACGGGCGUGACCCUGAAGGAAUUUUUGGGCUGCCGCUACAACCUGGCCAACAACCGCCAGACGCGGAUGCUGGCUGAUCUCACAGCGGUGGGCUGCUACAACCUGUCUCAGCUUUCGGACGCCGAACGUAGGGCCGGCAUGCUGGAGAGCGCCAAACGCAACCUCAAGCGUUUGGCCUUUUUUGGCAUCCUGGAGUAUCAGAAGGAGACGCAGCAGCUAUUUGAGGCCACCUUUGGCUUGAAGUUCCAGAAGGACUUUGUCCAGUUUGAUGCCACCAAGGGCACGGCUGCCCAGACCAUCCUGACGGAAGAGCAAAAGGCGGGGGUCCACAAGGCCAACGCCGAAGAUUUCCUCCUGUACGAUUAUGCCAAAAAGCUGUUCUUGGAUCGUGUCGCAGCAUUGAACCAAAAUCGCAAAAGGAGAACUCCGUUGACUUGAACUGCACAGAUUCUGAAACUUUGUAAACUUACUGCCAAAUUCAGAGCAACAAAAGCCAAAAUGUGUAAAAAAAAAACAAAAGGCAAAGAAGAUAUGCAUUCAGAAUGAGUUGCGAAUGAUAUGGUAUCAGUCACAUGACAGAUGUUUAAGUAAUCUUAAUAACAAUAACAUAAAACAAACUUGAAAUGGUAAUCUUUGUCAGAAAUUCUCCUUUGUUGUGGUUUCUUUUCCAUUUUGUUCAAUAUUUCGGCUUGGCUCCCAUUACAGUUAUGCGUGUACACGUAUUUGUCUUUGGGGGAGUUUAUGAUCACUUAUUUAUGAGAACCUGUCGACUUCUAAAAACUUGGUCAGUAGUCCUGUAGCUUUGAUGAUAGUGUUCUAUUUUUUCAUUAUGUAGUAUUGUAAAAAUCUAUGUACAGUGUAAUCGUUUUUCUGCUUUUGCUACGUUGACCUUUCACCUUUAAGUGAGCAUGUUCAGAUGCAUAGAUGCAUCUGAUUUGCAAUAUACAGCUCUGGUUUUUUCCCAAGAAUACAGGUCUGCCAGUAAUGGAUUAACAUGGACUGGAAUUUAAUCUCUGUAUAUUUACUACCUCAGAUUUUGAGUGUCAGAUGAGUGAAUGUGAUUUGAAGCCAACUCAAUUUGAAGGUUUUGUGAGAUUUUGAAGGAUUUCCCAGGCAUGAAAGCAAGAAUGUGGAAUUUUCGAGGAAUUGACUUGAAAAACAAGCCAAUUUGGGGCAUUAUAGAAUGGUCAAGGUGCACAGGAGCAUCACCACGCCAUUGUAUUGGAAGAUUAUCAGCUGAGCAUCUCAGGGAGUGAAGAUUUACGAACAUUGGUAAAAAAUUGAUAUGCAUGUCUCUCGUCUUUCACUUUGUUUCCUCGCCUGACCAGUACUCGGAGGCAAUGAUGAAUCACUCGUUUUUCUUUAGAAAUCAGCAUUUUUUAGUCCAUGAAUAGGCCAGCUCUUGGAGAGAAAAAAGAGGAAAACUCAGGUUGUAUGAGAAUGCAGGCAUGUACCUUGCGUGGUGACGCUGUAUACAGUAUGUGAUGAUAUGCAUACAUGCGUAUUUUAGCGUGCAUCCUAAUAAGCCACUUCCGAGUUAAAUUUGAAUAAAAUCUGGUACACUGAGUUAUCUGAUUGCUCAGAAACGUAACAAUUUGAAUUCCCCAGACGAAAGACACUGUUGCUAUACCUCGUGAUUCGGGGCAAGCUUUUGCACAGCGACCACUAUCUCUGGGAUGGACUGAUUCCUUUAUGCCGUUCUUAUCCAUCAAGAACAGUGUAUUGUUGCAAGACGUCUCUUAUGUAACUAAGGAAAAGCUAGCCCCGAAU